AUGUCUGCCAUUGGCUCUAUCUCUAUUAUCAUGGACUUUGACGAUAUGGAAAAUCUGCGGGGAGACUCUUGUUUCACUGCUACUCAGCGCGCAUCCCAGUCUCAGCCUCAAUGUCAACAGCAGUCCCAAGCAAGACACCAUCACUAUGCAAACCAUGCUCACAGUGUCCCGGUCCAUACUAUCACUUCUACUCAGAGACAUUCGACUUGCCCUCGCACCAUGAUAUCUGUGCAGGAAGCUCUUCGCAUAAUCAGCAGUCACAUCACCUCCCCUGUUGCAAUCGACAAGCCAGUGAGCGCAUCAAUCAUCGGCUCAGUCAUUGCCGAAGACGUCCACGCCGCCACAAUGGUACCGACGUUGCGAUGCAGUGCCGUGGAUGGCUAUGCAGUUGUUGUGGAAGAAGGCAGUCCCGUGAAGGGAGUCUUUCCGGGAACAUCCGUUAUCAACGCUGGCAUCAAUUCAGGGUCAAAGCCCCUGCAACUAGGAAGAAUUGCUAAGGUGACUUCUGGAGCACCAAUUCCUUCUAACGCCAACGCUGUAGUUGAUCUUGAAGAUACAGCACUUGAUCGUUCUGGAAAACAAAGCGUUCAGUUCCUAAACGAUAAGAUCCUUGUUGGCCAAAAUGUGCAGGAGCCUGGGAGCCACAUCCCUCUUGGUUACCAAAUCGUUGCUUGUGGGGAGUCUCUUUCAGUUGCCAGUGGGGCUGUAGGCCUACUCGCGAAGGCGGGAAUUCACACAGUAAAGGUAUUUGAAAAACCUCGCGUGGGUAUACUCAGUGUGAAUGGCGGAGGUUUGAAUCAUCGCAACCAAAUUCAGAGGGACAACUACUUGGCAAUUUCAUCGUGUUUGACUUCAUGGGGCUUCGACACUGUGGAUCUCGGUGUCACUCACAGUACACCGGAUGGGAACCUGGAGCAUCACCUCAGUGUCAGCACAGAUGUGGUGCUCAUCAUCAAUCAUGCUCCUAAAGCUGAGCUAGAUCUCAAUUCCACUGUUGGGUGCCUAGGUGGCACUGUCCAUUUCAGGCGUGUCUCCAUGAAACCUGGCAGUCAGACCAGCUUUGCGACCGUACCCGUGAACGCCGAAUCUACAUCAAAGGGACGUAAAUCAAAGCUUCUAUUUUUGCUCUCUUGUGACUCGAAGUCAGCGCUAGUUGGGCUCAACCUCUUAGUUCUGCCUUCCUUGCAGAAGCUCAGCGGCUCGGGUGAGAGUUCUCGCGCUGCGGUCGCUAAGCCUUCGAUGACCCAACUAGGCUUGCCCCGUGUUGCUGUUGUUCUUACACAUCACUUUCCUCUCGAUGCUAUGCACACCGAGUACCAUCUCGCAGUGGUUACCGGUUCUCGGUCCGAUGCCAGAUUGUAUGCCACUAGUAUUAGUGUUGGGCCCGUGGAUGUGCGAGGCUCCCUUGUCAGUAGCGGUAUCCAUCCCAAUGCUAUGGUCAUUCUUCAAGCAGGCCGAGGGGUUGGAAUCAAGGGCGAGAUUGUGGAGGCGUUGUUGAUGGGCCCUAUAUGUGGCUCAGAUACCCGACUUAUCUGCUGA